AUUUUUUUGUGGCACUACAACACCUGUUUUGUGAUAAACCGUUUAGGAUAUUUUUCCUGUAUUUUUUCACCACUGUUUGAGAGCCGCAUGCUGCCGUCUUCGGUAACGACAAAAAAUCGUCGCGCGAGUACGGACUUAAUAAGGAAUAAUGCGUCCAGUGGAACAGUUAGUUCGCUUUCGAACAGCAAUCCUGAGCCAGUAAGAAAUAGAGAUGUCCGAAAUGUGAGAGGUGGCUCUACUCGUCGGUUCAAAAGCGACAAAAUUAGAAGAGCUUUUUCGUCGGAAUAUUCGAUAAGGAAACCAGUCAGUGAUUCGUUACACAUGACAUUUGUUCGGCAGUCCAAUGAACACGAUAUGUGUCCAUCAGUGGGAUGUCGUUCCCGUCCAUCAAGUGUAGUUUCCCUCCGCCAACAGCCAUUUGCUGUACCUUCUGUUGAUCGUCCACUUAUUCAGUUCACUGGUAGCACUUCUGGUCCUUCUCUUCAUUCUCCAGAAAUGAAAAAAACGGAACUUGAUGCGCUGGAGAAAGUUCGUCUUGCUUCAAGUAGGGCUGAAAGUGGAAGUAAUGUAAUGGAACACAGUGAAUCAUGUCGACCUCCAAUUAAAAUUGUGCUGAAACCAGUCAAAAAAUGUGAAAUGAAUUCAUCCCUUCGAACAAAAUGUGAGGUGCAGUAUUCCUCACCUAUGAACACUUCUGACGGUGUCAUGCGAGCUCCAGUACGUUCCGUACCUGAUCUUCGUUAUCCGCCAGCUAUUGAAAAAGCUGUGUUUAAAAUUCGUUCUUCGGUCCCACAAAGACGUUCAGAUACUGGAUGUCCACCGAUGUUUAAAGCUACUUCAACAGAAGUCAAGACUCACCUUGAUCGUGGAAAUGACGGAGGUGAAUCUAUUAGUAUGAAAAAUUGCUUGCCUCCGACGGGAAAUUUCACGCAUUUAUUAACUGGAAGGCGAGAAGGUGCGCAAGAAAUGUAUGCAGCAAAAACUGGGAUUGCGGGUAGCUUUCCAAUAGGACCUACGGAGAAUAAUGGCUUUAACGUUGGUGACAUUGUGUGGGCGAGGAAUGGAAUGUUUCCGUAUUGGCCAGGUCGAAUUCACGAAUUUGUGAGGGAAAAUAAAAAGGGUGGAGCAUCCAUUGUAUGGUAUGGUGAUAAUACGUACACUCCUUUCAUCGAGUUUUCUCGAAUCGAAAAAUUUGCUGAGUGCUAUGAUACAAGGUUCAAUCCCAUGCGUCCAGAUCUCAAGUACCACAAGGCUGUUGCGAGUGCUAUCAUCUCUUGCCUCCCUAAUAAAGGCUAUUUUGAAAAAAAGUUGUCCUCACAAGUUCAUGAAGUGCUUAUGAAACAGAAAAUUGACCUUGGUGAGGUGAAUAUCAUUGCAAAAUGUAAGAAAAGGACGUCGAGUGGCUCAUCCAGCAGACGAAGGAAGGUCGUUACUGCGAAAAUGGAAAUUCAAGAGACCGAGAGAACGGAAAUUGUAAAAACCGUAAUUCCAGCAGCUAGGUCAACUGGUGAUGAGCCGGUUGAGGUUGAUCCACCUUCAUCGAGCACUUCUGUUAUAGCUGUCACUUACGAUUCUGAUGCGGUGAUUACAUUAGGAACCGCUAAUAGAGCAUCCGUUGUUCCGAAAACGGAUUCUUUUAACUCGAAGAGACAUGUAAGUGGUGGUGACACACCACCGUUAGUUAUUGCAUAUGAUUCUGACGAGCUUUAGUACUUCUUUCAUCAGUAACUGAUGUAUUUGUAGUUUUGAUAGAAACCGGCCGGAAAAAGUAGAUGUGUUUUGGAUAUCAUAUUUUC